UCCCUUGGCCAUCAAUACUUGACUAGACUGUACCUACUGUUUUUUUACUUAUUACUUAUUUCAUUUCUCGUUGUUGCACAACAGCACAACUAUUCAGUGUACCUAAUUAGGCACACAUUUUACAUUUUUGCUCACUGUUAAAACAUUUCUACAAUAUGCUAACUGCAAGUACAAAAUGUAUGAAAUACUUACUAUUUAUUUCAAACUUCAUAUUUGUGCUUACAGGGAUAUCUCUGAUAGUUGUUGGGCUUAUUAUCAGGUCGGAAAAUACUCAGUACAAUAAGGUGAUUGAUCAAGACUAUGCUAGUGCAGCCAAUGUUCUUAUUUUCCUCGGAUGUUUUGUAUUCUUUGUUUCGUUUUUUGGUUGUUGUGGUGCUAUCAAGGAAAGUCACUGUAUGAUAUUUACGUUCAGUGUGUUCAUGGCUGCAAUUUUCAUCGCUGAGAUUGCUGUUGGAGUGACAGGCUACAUGCUGAAAGGAGAAGCGUAUGAAAGUGUUACCGAUGGGCUGAAUUCAACCAUGGUCAAAUAUAAUCAGAGUGCCGAGUGGACAGAGUUUUGGGACGGCAUUCAGGGAGGUUUGUCAUGCUGCGGUACCAAGAACUACACAGACUGGACCAAGAUACUGAAGGAUCUGCCAAUGACUUGCUGCAGUCCCAAGAAGGGAGCCAUUGGUGUGGUCACUUGCACUGUUAACUCUCCCGAGCUGCACAAGACUCCCUGCAUCAUGGCUCUAGGAGACAUUGUCAAAGAGAACGCAUCCACCAUCGGCGGAACUGGGCUCACAAUCGGCUUUAUACAGCUCCUGGGAGUGUUCAUAUCCUGUUAUCUUGCCUACUCCAUCCGAAACGACUAUGAAUCUGUCUAGCUUGCUUGUUCUACAGGAAAAUCAGCAUAACUCCAACCGUUGACAUUCUUCUAGGAAAUAUUUUUGAAAUACCAUAUCAGCGCUGUGUGGUGCGUGCUGUUUUAAUCAAUUCAUUAAAUGUCCAGAUAGAUUAACUAUAGGUUUUGUUUUAGUAAGAAGAUAACUUUUCCUGAGCACAAAUAAAGACAUUUCGGUUUUUGUUUUACUGGUAUUAGUAGGCUUGUUGUUGAAUGAACAUCAAGUAAAAUUAUGGAUAAAAUUAAGGGUCUUGUGAAAAUGUUGCCUUUGAGCUGAUUGGAGUAUUUUGGUCUUUAAUUAAAUUUUUACAUAAACUAAGAGACUGAGAUUCACAUAAUUUUAGUCAAUAAAUGCUCUUUCAAAUAAAAAUAUCAUUUUACAGUAUAGAUUCUUUGUCCUAGAUAAUAUUAGUUGAUAUCACAUUUGAUGUAGUUUUACUAUUGCUCUGAUGGAUAUGUUUGUUUGAAAAAACAAUUAUAGCGUAGCAGAAAAUCCGUGUUCUAUUUCACCACUGCAGUUGUUGUUGUGGACAAAUUAAUAACCUGGUAGUUGGUUAGUUAACUAAUAUUAUUUUUAAGACAUAUCUUUUUACUUAUAUCGUAUGGUUCCUGAAGCUUGAGAGACUUAAAAAUAUAUUUUUGAAUAUUGAUAUUGCAUGACUUCUAUUCUAUACAUUAAUUUAGUCACAUUUUAGUAACCACACCGUAGCUAAUUUGAUUUGUUAUAAUCUUUAACAUGAAUUUAUGAUCUUUUUAAAUAGUAUAUCAAUGUUGAAUGUAAAAAUAUUUUAAAUCAUUGUAUAAUUGAAUAGGUUAAAUGCUGUCAGACACACUGAGUAUGGUUCUUCUUGCCCAAGACAUCCAAUCACUACUUAUGUGUUAGGUCAAUAUUUUAGCUAGAUGCUUUCAGAUACACAACCAUACAUAUAAUCUAGUUCACCCGAGGAAACAUUAAAUAUUAUUUUAUCACAAAUACUAGAAAAGACCCGGUAUGGAUCAUAAACAUAAACAAAUGACGUUUUUGGCCCGAAAGUAAACAAAACCCCUAUACUAAUAGCAUUAAUUAACAUAUGGUUUUGUUUACUUUCGGGCCAAAAACGUCAUUUGUUUAUGUUUAUGAUCCAUACCGGUAUUUUUCUAGUAUUUGUGUUAUUUUAUAAUAUAGCUUUUAUGUAUUAUAUUUGCAUAAAAUGUGAAGUGCCUUAUUAAAUGUUUAGAAAAAGAAUGUUGAUGUUUUGUCAUGUUACAUUAUAACUAAAAUGAUAUUAUUGUAUGUUAUUAUACUAGUGUUAUUAUAUAUUGUAAAAAUAUUUUGCUAGUUAAUUUUAAAGGGUUUAUAAUAUUAGACGUGUUUUUACUCAAAUAAAAUACUUUAAAAGUUAA